AUGCCUGAUAAGGAUGCAACCUAUCAAUUUCCUCGGGCCUGUGGUGUCUCCUUCCAGUCCACCCUAGUGUUAGCUAUGGCACUAUCUUCAUCACUGGAGGAAGUGACGUUGGUGAGAGUGGCUGAGAAGGGAAACCCCUCAAAAGGGUCCCACAUGUCGAAAGGGAAAGGGUCUACAACAUUGCUUCGUUUACCAUCAAAGAAGCUAAGACAAGAUACAUCAUUGCGUAACCUUGUUUCUUAA